AUAUCCUCCGUGGCGCAAUUGGCUAGCGCGUUCGGCUGUUAAGAUGGCUAGAAACCAUUAAACUGAUACCGGAAGGUUGGUGGUUCAAGCCCACCCGGGGGAGAGAUUCUAUCUCAUUGCCAACUUUUUGCCGGAUUCGGACAUGUGAGGUUGAAAUUUGCGGGGAAGCGUGGCGUGGGCGUUAGGGUUGCCACGCGCGUUAGGGUUGCGGGCAAGCCACAUCGACUUCAGGUGUCACCACCUCGACUUCAUUUUUAUUUCCUGCAUGUAUUGACUUGCAUCCGGGGGUGGCAUUGCAAAAUGCAAUGGCCGUCCUGGGCCACACUUUGGCGGCAGAGUCCAAACCGCGAAGAUCAUGACAGCCAGGCCUCGACCACCGCCUGCAGCACACCUCCACCCUCUUCCCCCCACCCCUCCAAACCAGCAGCACUCGGGACAUGGAACAACAACCUCAACGCAACCGACUGGUCGCACUACACCACCCCGCAAACUAUCACCAUCAGCAUCCUCACCACCGCCACAACUCUCGCCUUCAUCCGCCUAUGGAAGACCUACCUCCGCCGCAUCCCCACAGUGGACUACCUCAAGCCAGGCUUCUUCCGCAAACGCAACUUUUAUGGCUACGUGACGCGCGUAGGCGAUGGGGACAAUUUCCACUUCUUCCAUACCCCGGGUGGGCGAUGGAUGGGCUGGGGCUGGCUGCCCGGCCGAAAAGUGCAAGAUAUGACGAGUAAGGCGGUGAGGGGGCAGACGAUGCAUGUGCGCAUUGCGGGCGUCGAUGCACCGGAACUCGCGCACUUCGGACGCCCGGAGCAGCCAUACUCCCGCGAGGCGAUUGAGUGGCUGAAGAGCUUCAUCCUACAUCAAUACGUGCGCACGUACCCGUAUCGUCAAGAUCAGUACGGGCGCGUGGUGUGCUCCGUCUAUCGCCGACGAUGGUUCUUCUUCAAAACGGACGUGGGCUUGAACAUGUUGAAGAGAGGGCUGGCGACGGUGUACGAGGCGAAGUUCGGCAGCGAGUUUGGGAAUCGCGAGGCGGAGUACCGCGCUGCGGAGGAGGCGGCGAAGAGCCGGAAGGUGGGAAUGUGGGAGCAGCCGGGGAUUGUGGCGAGGAUGCUGGGGCAGAGAAAGAAGGAGUUGGAGAGUCCGAGGGAGUACAAGACGAGGAUGGCGGCGGAGGAGAGGGCGCAGAAGAGUCCUGGGUGAAUCAGCGUAUCUGUUGCAUGGAAAAUGUAUUAUCGCAUUGGCAUUGCAGUGUUCCAAGCCCGGCCUCGCUGUAGAAGCAGGAUUUGCAUACCAAAUGAGCGUGCAAAGACGCAUCGUUCACGGUUCACAUCAUUCGUGAUUCCACGAACGUUCGAAGCAGAU